ACUACUCAGCCUGUGCAGAAGUCAUGGAGUCGAUCAUUUACACCUUCAGUGACAAUUUUUUUGAUAAUGACACCACCUACAUCAAUCUCACCUACUUCGAUCCAGAUCAGAAGACGUUUGCAUGUGAGAGCAAACAUUUUGAGCCUACAGCAGCUGUGACCCUGUGUCUCAUCAACAUAUUCAUCUUUUUCCUGGCAAUACCAGGAAACCUGUUAGUGGGCUGGGUGAUCACCAGCAGCAGACAAACCCUGACUCCAUCAGAUGUCUACUUGUUUCAUCUAACAAUAGCAGAUGGUCUGAUGGCCCUCACUGUUCCUUUCUGGGCUGUAACUGUGCUCCAGGGAUGGAUCUUUGGAGACUUCUUGUGCAAACUCCUCAGCCUCAUUUUUGAAGCAAACUUCUACACCAGUAUCAUCUUCCUGGCCUGUAUUAGUGUUGAUCGUUAUCUCGUGAUUGUGCACGCCAGUGAGACUCUCAAGAGCCGGCAGAGGAUGUGCAGCAGGCUCCUGUGUGCAGCAGUGUGGGCCCUCGGUUGGGCCCUCGCUCUACCUGCACUUUUCAAUGAUGCCUUCGAGCUUCAUGGUGAUCCAGGGAGGAUGACUUGCUCUGAAAAGUUUGACAUGGGUAGUGCCACUUCAUGGAGGCUUGCAACUCGUGGGUUCCGCCAUAUUUUUGGCUUUUUUCUCCCUCUGGGUGUCAUGAUCAUCUGCUACACCAUCACCAUUGCAAGGCUGCUGCACACUCGAGGUUUCCAGAAGCACCGGGCCAUGAGGGUAAUCAUAGCUGUGGUGGUUGCCUUUCUGCUGUGCUGGGCACCGUAUCAUAUAACCAUGAUGGUAGACACACUCAUGAGAGCUCGUAUGAUACCGUUUGACUGUGCUGUAAGGAGGUCAGUGACCAUGGCUUUGAGUGUAACCAACACUCUGGCUCUGCUCCACAGCUGCAUCAACCCUGUCCUCUAUGCAUUUGUGGGAGAGAAGUUCAGGAAGAAAAUGAUAUUGCUUUUUCAGAGGAAACUCAGACAGGAGAGGGUUUCACUGUCAAAGUUUAGCAGGUCAACAUCUCAGACCUCAGAAGGGCAAGGAGCUGUUUUCUGAAACCUCGGUGGCCAAUUUAUAUCAAGGAUUUUUAGUCCAGAAAAUGCUCCUGCACAUAUAAUUCAUAAGACAGAAAGCUAUGACAACUACAAGAUAUGUUGUUCCGUACACACUGUAAAUUCUCUCAUCAGGUUUAAAAGAAGAUGAAUUAUAGUAUAGGUCCCUUUUUUCUCUAGGUCAAAAAGAAGUAAUUCCCAUCUGAAGCCCAUAGAUCUUUGAUAAUCUUUCUGUUUUCAAUAUAUUGAGUAUUCUCUUGUGAAUAAUGUGGUAUGCUGCUGCCAUUUGGGGAGGAGACAGCAGUGCAGUGGGUAGAGCAGUCGUCUCCCAACUAAAAGGUUGAAGGUUCAAAUCUCAGUACCA